AUGUCCGUCCUUCUCGAGACUAGCGCAGGCGACAUUGUGAUCGAUCUCCUCGUCGAUUACGCGCCGAGGAUGUGCGAGAAUUUCCUCAAGCUCUGCAAGGUCAAAUACUAUAACUUUUCUCCGAUUCACUCCGUCCAGAAGUCCUUUUCUUUCCAGACCGGCGACCCUCUCGGACCCAGAGCCCCCCACUCCGACGGCGGUACCUCAAUAUGGGGAUACCUUUCGGGAGAGCCAGCCGACAAGACGUUUCCUGCGCUCUUUCACCCAAAACUACGCCAUGUCGAACGAGGCACCGUGAGCAUGGCCACUGUUCCACAUCCAUCCGACCCAGACCAACGCCUGGCUGGCUCCCAGUUUCUCGUCACACUCGGCGACAACACGGACUACUUGGACGGCAAAGCAGCUAUCUUCGGGAAAGUGGUCGAAGGUUUUGACGUUCUGGAGAAAAUUAACGAUGCCAUCGUCGACGAGCGUGGAUAUCCCUUGGUCGACAUUCGCAUCAAGCACACCGUGGUCCUCGAUGACCCGUAUCCCGAUCCAGCCGGGUUGCGAGAACCGAGCAGUUCACCACCUCCAACAGCAGGUCAACUUGCGACGGUGCGCAUUGGCGAGGAUGAAGAGCUUCUCGACGAAGAGGCCAAUGAGGAAGCCGCUGCGGAAGCAGAGAGACGGAGAAAGGAGCGCGAGGCCGCAGCCCAAGCCCUGACGCUCGAGAUGAUGGGAGAUUUGCCCUUUGCCGAGGUUAAGCCGCCGGAGAAUGUGUUGUUUGUGUGCAAACUGAACCCGGUUACCACCGACGAAGACCUGGAGCUCAUCUUCAGCCGCUUCGGCAAGAUCCUUAGCUGUGAGGUGAUUCGCGAUCAAAAGACGGGCGAUAGUCUACAGUAUGCGUUUAUUGAGUUUGAGGAUCGAAAGAGCUGCGAAGACGCUUAUUCCAAGAUGGAAUCGGUGCUCAUCGACGACAGGCGCAUCCACGUCGACUUCAGUCAGAGCGUGAGCCGGUUGAGCGAAGUUUGGCGCAACGAGACCAACACCAAACGGAAGAGCGCGGCCCGGCGUGGUGGCGGUGGCGGAUGGGGCGGUGUCAAGGAGUUGGAAAAGCGCCGCCAGUACCGCAAUGAGGACGUCGAGCCCUAUGAUGACGACGAAUAUCGUAUGGUUCACGGUGUGGAGGACUUGCGUGGGCGACAUGGGCGCAAUAAUGAUUCCGCAGGUCCGACGACAGGAGACGGGGGACGGGUCGGCGCAGCCGGAGCCCCAGGCGAGACCGGUACCAAGACCAUCGUGACGGCCGGCAGCCACCCGCCGGGAAAGCCUGGGAUGACAGGGAUCGGGCCCGCCGGGAUCGACGAGAUCCUGAUCGCGAUCGAGAACCUGACAGGCGCCGAGCUCACGAAGCUUAUCGGGGCGAUCGGGGCAGUCAUCGGGCUCGGGCCGCAUCGUCUUUUGCCAUCGCGGCUGUCAACCGACCAGCGGGUCUUUACACCGCAUUACCUUUGCCACCCCACGCCGAUGCACGUCUCUCGGAAUCCUCUCCGCGGUCCCCCUUCCUGUGUGGGUGCGGAGAAGCGAGACCUCGUUUGA